AAGCAGGCGGAAGCAGGAGGACAAGAAGGCGUUGGAUGGCAAAGAAUGUAUGGCCCAGUCCUGCUCUCUCUUUACCAUUAAUUUUUUUGACAAUUUUGUUGCCAACUCCAUUUUGUCCUUGAGGCAGUUUUGAAGACUGUGAUGUCCGUGAUACACUUGAAAAAGAUUUUUUGGAGUUUGUCUCUUAUCUCUGCCAUAUUAACGAUAUGCUAUGUGGGAAUUCCUUCCCGCGCUGUAAUAGAACAUAUCAACUGGAUAUAUUUUUAUGAGUAUCAACCUGUUUAUAAGCAGAAAUUUGUCUUCACGCUACGUGAGAGAAUGAAAUGUGAAGAGAGCAACCCAUUUUUGGUUAUUUUGGUGACUUCAAGACCUGCAGAUCUGAAGGCAAGACAAGCCAUCAGGGUAACAUGGGGCUCUGAGAAAUCCUGGUGGGGUAAACAAGUUUGGACACUAUUUUUGCUAGGCCGAAGCAGAGAAACAGAAGACAGUUCAACCGUAUCAAUUGAAGAUGAAAGCAUUCUCUAUGGAGACAUAAUCUGUCAAGACUUCCUUGACACGUAUGACAAUCUUACCUUAAAAACCAUCAUGGCCUUCAGAUGGGUGGCUGAGUUUUGUUCCAAUACUCAGUAUGUUAUGAAAACUGAUUCUGAUGUCUUCAUCAACACUGGCAACUUAGUGAAAUUUCUUCUAAAACAAAAUGCUUCAGAAAACUUCAUUACUGGAUACCCCUUUUUUAAUAGUCACCCUAACAGAGUACUUUACAUGAAAACGUAUGUUUCUUACGAUGAGUAUCCAUUUAAUAGUUAUCCUCCAUACUGUAGUGGAUUUGUGUAUAUCCUUAAUACCAGGCUGGCUUGCAGGGUUUAUGAAAUGAUGCAUCAUGUCAAACCUAUUAAGAUUGAAGAUGUCUAUGUCGGGAUUUGUUUAAAUAUUCUUGGCGAGAGUAUCUAUAUUCCAGAAGAUGCAGAACUCUUCUUUUUAUAUCGAGUUAACUUUGAGAUCUGUAAAUACAAGCACUUGAUUGCAGCACAUGGCAUCUCUUCACACGAAAUGAUUAGGUAUUGGCAAGAAAUAGUGAAAGAGACUUCAGUUCCUUGCCAGUGAUGCCCCCCUCGGGUUUUAAAGCCCCCUUCAAUUCAGUGUGACCGAAUCUUGGUGGAAUGUCUCUAAGGCUGGCCUCUUUAAUUUAUAUUGUAGGAAUUGUACUAACAUUUAUGAAGACCUUAAAUCAGUGUUUCCCAACC